UAUCAGCUUCAUCGAGGAUAUAAAAUAGUAAGAACAGAAACACCUGAAACCUUCAAGAAGCAACAUCCUGGAAGAAGUAUGCCGGCAAUUGGAAAGAUUAAAUCUCUUGUCCAUUUACCUAUUUAUAUUUUUGUAAUACUUCCCUCACUUUUGAGUGCAAGCAAUGAAGAGGAUACAGUAGUAGAAAUAAAGCAAGGGAAAGUCAGAGGAUUUCAUCUACCAACACUCUCUGGAUCAGUUAUAGCUUAUCUGGGCAUACCUUAUGGUGAAGCUCCAACUGAAACACAAAGGUUUAAAAAGCCAGAACCACGAAACCCUUGGCGAGGCAUUUAUAAUGCUACUAAAUAUGGAAAAUCCUGUUACCAAUGGAGGGAUGAAGCCUUUGCUAGUUUUGCAGGUGCAAAUAUGUGGCAAGUAAACAAUGAAAUGAGUGAAGACUGCCUCCAUCUAAAUGUUUGGGUUCCAUCAUUCAAGCCAAAAUCAGCUCAAGUCAUGGUCUUCAUCUACGGUGGGGCAUUUCUUGCCGGCACAUCUUCCUUGGAAAUAUAUGACCCAAGCAUCCUGACUUUUUCUGAGGACAUAAUCUUGGUGUCGAUGAACUAUAGAGUUGGGGCCUUUGGAUUUUUGGCAUUACCAGCAAACAAGGAUAUUCCAGGAAAUGCUGGCUUGUUUGACCAACAGUUGGCUCUUAAAUGGGUUCAUGAGAACAUUGCUGCUUUUGGUGGAGAUCCCAAUAGUGUUACUCUCUUUGGACACAGUUCUGGAGCUGCAUGUGUAGGCUUUCAUUUACUUUCUCCUGGAAGUCAAAAAUAUAUCAAACGAGUCAUUUUACAAAGUGGUUCUGUUAGUGCAGCUUGGGCAAUAAAUACUCAUAAAAGGGCAAAGAGGUUAACUUUGAAACUGGCAGAUCUCCUAGGAUGUCCUAUUAAUGAUGAACGUGCAAUGGUAGAUUGUCUUAAAAAGAUGGAUGCUACAAAGAUAGUUGACAAACAGUUAUAUGUUGAAACCAUACACCCCUUUGCUCUUACUCGAAUAACACCCAUUGUUGACUAUGACUUUAUUAGUGAUACACCAUCUAAUGCUAUAAAAGAGGGUUUCAAGAAAACAGAGGUUUUAAUAGGUGGGACUAAGGAUGAUGGAAAUCCUUUUGUAAUAUCGGUUGCUCCUGGCUUUAGCAGGGAACAUGACAGCCUUAUAACUACAGAAUAUUUGGUCAAGGGAAUUGCACAAAUUUUUCCAACAGUUGGAGAUCUUGGAACAGAAUUAAUUUUAUUUGAAUAUAAAGACUGGGAAAAUAAAGACAGUAAAGAAAAGAACAGAGACGCCAUGGAGCUAAUUGUACGAGAUUAUUACAUGAUUUGCCCAAUGAAGCAUUUUGCACAGGAAGUAUUAAAACACAAACUCAACAUAUAUUUCUAUGAGUUUGGUCAUCGAUCUUCGCAAGAGGUCUGGCCGGAAUGGAUGGGAGUCCCCCAUGGGGCCAUAUUGCCAUUUAUGUUUGGGAAAGCGCUUAUCCGAGAAAGAAAUUUCACUGAAGCUGAACAAAAUCUUAGCAAGCGAGUUAUGAAAGUGUGGGCCAACUUUGCAAGAAAUGGAACACCUCAUAAUGCUGAAUACAACUUCACCUGGCCUCUUUACACCAAUGAAGAUGAAACAUACGCAGUCCUAAAGACCGGUUCCUGGGAAGUUAAAAAUAAUCUUUAUUCUAAACGUUGUCGGUUGAUGAAUUCUGUCCUUCCAAAACUUGCCAGACAACUAGGGGAAACUUUUGAUGGAAAUUUGUGGAGUGAGUCAAUAAAAUCAGAUAACAGUUGCUAUAAGGAUGAGAUUUCGGGAGAAGUGUCAUGCCAGUCAACAUUGGAUUGAAAAGUCUUCAUUAAUCCUGACCCCCCUUCCCUCCCCCCCCCUUUUCCUCUACUUCUUGUCAUGGUUAAAGGAGAAUUACAGGUAUAGAUAUUUUAUAAAUGGGACAAAAUAUAUAUGUCUUGUCUAGCUUGGGCCAAUAUAACUAUGCAUAUACCAUACCUGACUGAAGCACCGAGAAUCUGAAAAUCACUGAAGUAGAGACUGGUAGUCCAAUGAUUUACACCAGUUUCUAAGUCCCAAUCCGAGUGGCUGCCCUGCUGCAUUCUGAACACAGGGGAUAAGCUGCUUGGUACAGACGCCAUUCAGGGAAUGCUUUGCAUUUUCCUGAUUGAAUGAGAAGGGUUUUCUGCUUGGAUGAGGUGGACAUGGGUGGUGAUGUAACGUUCUCCACCUCAUCCAACCAGAGAAUGGUUUGCAGUGAUUGCCGGCUUCCAUUGGCUCAAGCUAGAAUAAUGUAACUAUGUAUAAAAUAUCCAUACCUGGAAUUCUUCUUUAAGGCCUGAGGGAUGUUCCUGGGUAGAGACCUCUCCCAAUACAACACUCAAAUUUUGACAAAAUAAAUCUAUUUCAAAUGACCCCCUGAGGAUAUCUAUAGUGGGCAGAGCCCCCUCUCAAAGGAAUGCUCAUCAUUGGUAUUGCAACUGGCGUUACAGUAUGGUCAUAUGGGGCAAUUUGAUGUACCCAUAUUUGUACUCUCUUAUUGCUCCCUAUUUUAAGAUGUGUACGCUUGUAUAUCAAAGUCUGUUGUACUCAGAUUGCAUAACACUUGUUUAAUAAAGAUUUACUGAAACGAAAAGCA